AUGAGUUCUAUAGGAACGGGAUAUGAUUUAUCAGUGUCUACUUAUUCUCCUGACGGUCGCGUAUUUCAAGUAGAAUAUGCAGUAAAAGCAGUCGAUAAUAGCGGAACAGCCAUCGGUUUGCGAGUAAAAGAUGGCGUUGUAUUUGCUGUUGAGAAAUUAAUACAAUCAAAAUUACUCGUACCCGGUUCAAAUAGAAGAAUCCAGACUGUUGACACGCAUAUUGGCGUGGCAACGGCUGGACUACUAGCAGACGGCCGUCAUAUUAUCAAUCGAGCCAGAGAUGAGGCAGAGAACUACAGGGAUACAUACAGGUCCCCAAUUCCCGGCAAGGCAAUCGCAGACAGAGUAGGGCAAUACGUACAAGCUUAUACGUUAUAUUCUAGCGCACGUCCGUUCGGUAGUAGUACUAUCAUCGGAACUGUUGAUGAAGAGGGGCCGCAGUUGUUUAUGGUUGAGCCGUCAGGUGUCUAUUGGGGAAAGCAAGUGGCAAAAACAGAAAUUGAAAAGUUGAAACUUAGUGAAAUGACUGCAUUGGAUGCUGUCAGGGAAGCAACUAGAAUCAUCUAUACUGUCCACGAUGACGCCAAGGACAAAGAAUUCGAACUAGAAUUGAGUUGGGUAACUGUUGAUAACAAGCGACAUCAAUUCGUUCCUACCGAAAUAGCACUGGAGGCUGAAAGAAUAGCAAAAGAAACAUUAAAUGCAGAUAUGGACGACGAUUAA